AUAGAAGAUCCCCCCCAGUGGAUACCCCUAAUCCUGCCUCACCCCUUUUCAUCCCUGCCCCAUCCAUAUCUCUGGACCGCUCGCUCUUUACAGCCCCCAGCUCCAGCUUCAUCCUCGGCCCAUAUCAACUGAGCUAAGAAAAGCAAACAACAAUGUCCACCAGCGAGCGUUUUGACUGCCAUUACUGCAAAGACUCCCUGCUGGGGAAGAAGUACAUAAUGAAAGAGGACACGCAGUACUGCACUAAGUGCUAUGAGAACCUGUUUGCUAACUGCUGUGAGUGCUGCUCUCUACCAAUUGGCUGUAACUGCAAGGACUUGUCCUACAAGGAUCGCCACUGGCACGAGCAGUGUUUCAAGUGUGCAAAGUGCAGCCGCUCUCUGGUGGAAAAGGCCUUUGCUGCCAAGGAUGAUUUGUUGCUCUGCACUGAAUGCUACGCCAAUGAUUAUUCCUCCAAAUGCACCACCUGCAAGAAAACUGUCAUGCCAGGUUCCCGCAAAAUGGAAUACAAGGGGAACAGCUGGCAUGAGACCUGCUUCCUGUGCCACCGCUGCCAGCAACCAAUAGGAACUAAGUCCUUCAUCCCAAAAGACACCGGCUACUUCUGUGUGCCCUGCUUCGAGAAGCAGUUUGCCUACCAGUGCUGUGCUUGUAAGAAGGCCAUCACAACAGGUGGAGUGACAUACCAAGAAAAACCCUGGCAUCGCGAUUGUUUCUUAUGCAUCAGCUGCAGAAAGCAGCUGUCCGGUCAGCGCUUCACCUCCAGGGAAAACUACCCCUACUGUCUUGAAUGCUUCAGCAACCUGUAUGCAAAGAAGUGUGUGGGCUGCACCAAGCCCAUCACUAGUCUGGCAGGGGCCAAGUACAUCUCUUUUGAGGAGCGCCAGUGGCACAGCGAGUGUUUCACCUGCAUGCAGUGCUCCGUGUCUCUGGUGGGACGCGGCUUCCUCACCCAGCGUGACAACAUCUUGUGCACCGACUGCGGCAGGGAGAAGUGACCUUUCCAUGAAGGGGUCACAGUUACAACAAGAGCUCAUAUUCUGAUACAGAUAUUGUGCAUCCAUGAAUAUUUCUUCAUAGCAUGCCUGUUACACAAACAAACUCUUAAUGCCAAAAACGUAUUUUUGUGUUAAUGAGCAUUAAUUCUCUCACAUUGCCCACACACAAAAAAUCUGUGAUAAAAAUAAACAUAUAUCUGUAAAGUAAAGUGGAAUGUACCCCUCACAUACUUUAAUUUUUGAAAAGAAAAAAAUGAUGUUGCAAACAUAUUAGAGGUGAUAGCGAAUUUUAUUUUGAUAAUUGAUUAAUUGUUUCAGUCAUUUUUCAAGCAAAAAUCCAAAAUACUGUUGGUUACAGCUUUUUGUCUUAUAUGACAGUAAACUGAGUAUCUUUGGAUGUUUGCCUGUUGGUGAGUAUUUCCCACUAUUUUAUCUUAUGGACAAAAAGAUUUAUCAACUCAUAAAGAAAAUAAUCAUCAGUUUAAUUUAAUUGACGAUUAAUUAGCCCCGAUUGUAAUUGUAGGAAUUAUUCUAUUAUAUUUGGCGGCCGCAACAUGCUCGAAAAGUCAGGGAAAUUUGCACAAAAUUCAAACGUGGCGAAAAUUCACAUAUGCAAUUGUACCCGUGCCCGGGCGCCGCCAAAUGGCUAAAACCCGCCCCCCAGAAUCAGACCUCAAGACAUGUUAAGAUCAACAUGUAUGAAAAUUGGUACGCAUGUGUAUCAUGAUGGGACAAGCAGAAAAGCCUCUUGGACCCAUACCCCAAACUAAACAGGAAUUCAGCCAUUUUGGAUUAAGAAGCCAUUUUUGGCGAUUUGCAACUGUUGUAUUUGGACGAACUCCUCCUGGGGAAUUUAUCGGAUCGACUUCAGAUUUGGACACACCCAUUUAAAGACAUUUACGAUUAAAAGUGGCCCUGAAGGCAACAUGGUUUGACUUAAUUCAAUUCUUGUUUUUGGAACAAUUGAGGAUGGCAUGAAGAAUAACAGGUGUAACAGCCUGAUCAAAUGGGGGUGAGUUCUUCUCUAUACAUGCCAGAGCUGUGUAUUAUUAGUAUGUUUUUACCACAUCCAAAUGGGUUUGCACCCUCAGGCACCUAGCAUUUCCUGCACGAGAACCUUGCCAUCACCUUUUUUAGCUGCAUGGGAAAUUUACAUUUAUGAGCUUUGACAAAUAUUAUCAGUAACCUCUCAGACCAACAGUUCAUGUUGAGAUUCUGAACAAUAAGCUGCUGAAAAAAGUUAGUGAUCAGCACACAACAUCUCAUCUCAUCUUCAUCUUCAUCCGCUUAUCCGGGAUC